AUGCCGUUUUCAGAUAUUCGCUGUGUGAACCAUUCGUUGAAUUUGGUGGCUCAACAUAUGGUGGUUCCUCUCGAUGCUCAUUCCCUGGAACUACUUCCAGUUUCAAAGCAAUUGGAAAAAGUUUCGAGAAUUUUCAAGCUGGCUCAAAUUAUUUCCGGUGGCCUCCGUGGAAAUGUAAACGCCUGUCAAAAUCUCUCGAGACUUCCUGCAUUGCCGAUCGAAACUCGUUGGAUGAACGGACUGAAAUGUUUGAAGGAUAUUAUCAUUUUGUCUGAUGAAAUCUCUUUGGUUAUUGGCAUGCUUCCAACCAAAGUACGUUCGGCACAUCAUGAAUUAUUCAAUGAGUCGCUGAAAGUUGCAAAAUCUACGUUGUUAGUUAUGGAGCCGCUUCUCGAUUAUAAUCAACUCUACCAGACGCAAUCUGAAGUAACCCUCCAUCUGGUUCUUCCGACUUAUAAACUGCUCGAAACUCGCUUCAAUUCAUUGUUAUCUGGAAAAUUCGAUGAUGUUUCUCUCCAUGAUUUGGAUUCGAUCUGUUCUGAGACUGUUGACGCAUUAUCAAGAUCAGGAUUGGCUGUACUUCCGCACUAUUACGAAGAAUUCGAUAGUGUUCAUUUCGCCGCCGUCUAUAUAUCUCCAAAAACAAAGAAGAUGUUGAGUUUCAGCUGUUCAGAACGUCAAAAGGCAAAAAGCUACAUUCUCAGUCUGUUGCUACAGGAAAUCCGCUUGCCAGUUACACCGAAACCAAUUAAAUCUUCCAGUAGUGUUUCAAAACUGCUAUCACUUGUAUCGGAUGUAUACGAGUCCGAGCAUGUUGAUGCGCUUUCCAAUGAGAGCGUCGAGGACUACUGGAAGUCCCGGAGAAACGUGUACCCCCACCUUUUCGAUGUCGCGCUCAAAGUGCUGUCAGUUGUUCCUUCGGAAUCUGUAUGUGAAUCUGCAUUUUCCCAAGCUGCAUUUCUUCUUGACAAACGAAGAACUAGACUCUCAUACUUGAAGGCUGAGUACGUCGUGCUGGGAACUCAAUUGACUAACAAAUACCCAGAACUAUUGCCAUGA